AUAACCAGCUACAACGAGUUUGUUGUCGAAGGAAGGGGCCAAAAAUAAGUUGUGUGAGUACUUGAUGGAAAAACGGCAUCAUGAAUGAGAGAUACGGCGUACUUUGAUGUGAUAAAACACAAGCAACGGCUGCUGCGCAAAACACGAAGCAGUGAACCUCAAUUCUCCGCCUGUGUACUCUGAUGCUGCUUUGAGAGUGUGGCGAGCAGUCAUGGACGAGAGUUUUGACCGAGCUCCAGGGGCGGGCAGAACCCGAAAUUUUGUCGCGGACCCGGGGCUUGCUUGCAACGCCGGGGGCAGCGGUGACCCCAAAGCUGCACUCUUCAACCAAAGAGAGCCGCUGAGGCAGCCGCGCACCUUGCCACCUUUUGCCGAGAGCAACCUUGGCGCGCCCAACGUCAUGGUUGCUGGAGAUUUUACAAGACAGAGCAAAACCCAACAAAGUAUCAAUGCCAACAGCAUGCCUGCCUCCAGAGGUUUUACCCACGUGGACUCCAUGGUCAAGUCAUCAAAUCUUUCAGCCAGUGCCCCAGAGUUUGUCCCCUCUGCAGUCAACCUGUACGAGGACCCCCCGUAUUAUGAUGACAACGAAGGCUAUUACGACGAACAAACUUUGGCUGAAACUGUGGCAGACUUCCUUGGCCACCUGAGCUCUUCGCCCGGGUCCUUUGAGUCGGAUGUGGAAGCCAUUACGGCCAUGCUCAACUCCUGGGUUACCACCGAAGAACUGUUGAACGAGCUGGUGGAACUGAUCUACACACAGUCUACUGCCAUUCCUAACUUUGCUUACACUGGGGCAAGGCUGUGUAACUACCUGUCCCAUCAUCUCCUCGUCAGCCCCCGAAGUGGCAACUUUCGUCAGCUCCUACUCAAAAGAUGUCAAACCGAAUUUCAACAGAGGGAUGCAGCAGUUAGAGGAGAUGCGGAGACCCAGAAAAAAUUCCACUCCUUCGUGCUCUUUCUGGGGGAGCUCUAUCUUAACCUGCAGGUAAAGAGCUCAAAAGGACCUCCAAACCGAGCAGAUAUUCUCCUCGACGCACUGAAAGAUCUGAUGAGCAGUCUGUUCUCCAAGCCCGUGGAUGCCAAUCUCAUUUGCGCUGUCAAACUGCUCAAGCUGACGGGCUCCAUCCUGGAUGACGCCUGGAAAGAGAGGGGAAAACCGCACAUGGAAGAACUAAUCCAAAGAAUAGAAACUAUUCUACUGGAUGCCACCUGCAGCCGGGACGUCCGACAGAUGCUACUGAAACUGGUGGAGUUGAGAUCGAGCGACUGGGGCAGAGUCCGCGCUGCCACAGCGGCCAGCAACGCCACGCCAGACAACGACCCCAACUACUUCAUGAAUGAACCUACAUUCUACACAGAGGAUGGGACUCCUUUCACAGCUGCAGACCCAGAUUACGCUGAGAAAUACCAAGAGAUCCUGGAUCGGCAGGAAUAUUUCAACGAUCUUGAUGGAGAAAAUGGAAAUGAAAGUGAAAUAUAUGAUUCAGAAGACGAGAUGGAGCCCGAGAUAGAAGCAGCCUUUGAAACUUUUUGUUUGGAGUCGGAGAGGAAGCGGCAGCAAUGAGGCGAGCAGUGAGAGUCUGAGACAGCACCGGCGUGCCCUCUACUUGCUGUGAAGUUUCAAAAGAAAACUAGGAUCCAAUAGUUCAAACAUUUGUUUUUAUUAUUUUUAACAAAAAACAGAUGUUCGUAGUUGCACUUCCGACAGUUUCCUCAGUCGGUGUCGAUUUGAGAGUGUGGACAUUCGACGGGUUGGGUUGUUCGAAAUAUUUGCGGUAUUAAGGUUUUUGGGUUUUUUUCUGACAUUAAAGUUGUUUGUUUUUAAUAAUUUCAGAAACUUUUUUCCUUAACGUCUGAAUGCCAAGAGGGAAAUUGUGUGCUGUGUUUAUUUUUUUUCAGCUCUUUUCUGAAAGGCCGAUUCCUCCAGUGUGUGUAUAAUAUGUGAAAUACUAAUUAAUGCUACAUGCAUUAGUACCGGCAAGAACACUCAAGGUACCAUCUUCAUAUAAAAUGCGCUUUCCUUCUUGCGUUCAUGAAGCACAUCAUCAUCUUGACUGGUGAUGACCAUUCAAAGCUAUUUAUUCACCUGUUCAUCUCGCUACAGUUUAUUGAGGUGGUCAGAAACACACACACACACACACACACCUUCCUUUAUGGGGCUAAAGUCAACAUCAAAUAAAAGCAGGCUUCUACAAAACGUCUGUAGUUGAGGGAGAACCCUCAGUCAGUGACAUGUUAUGGAAGACUGAAAGACUGUUUCCCAGCGAUCCAUAAAGCCCAAACAAAGGAACGUUGUUUUAUAGUUUGUAAAUAUUAUUUAUGGUCUUGUGUGCCUGCAAUAAAUUCUUUAUAAUGUC